AGUUUUGUCCCGACAGUCGCCCGCGAACCUCGAGAUUAAUAUCUCGCGAAAUAAUUGAUAUAGGCUUGUGCUAGAAAACAUAGCAGAUUUGUGAAUUUUUACAAAGUGCAUAGUUGAAAAAGUGAAAAAAUUUCGUCAUGAAGAUAUUAUGCAGUUUAAUGGUAAUUUUGAUUCUUCGACAGGUCAUCGCCGGAAUCGUUAGGAAGCCGCCAGCCUUUUCAGCACCAGUGUAUUCGAAUUCGUAUCUCCCCGCCGCCAUGCAGGUAAUUUUUCACACGGUCGAGCAAUUGAGGCAGCUUCAAGAGGAUGAAAUAUUGCAAGAACAGUCAGUAAGUAAACCAUCGCCGUCGACAUCGACGUUGACAUCGCCGUCGACGGAGUCGAUGAAGCAUCAGCAAUCUCAAUCGACGACGCCCGAAGGGAUCUCCACGACGACAACCGCUGCAACCGUGAACGUGCAUAACAGAACACAGACUCCCGAACUCUUAUCAACUUCGACUCCAACGAGCGAAAUAUCGAGCCAAGGAUCAUCCAAGACUUACGACGGUCUUACGAAAGCCGUUCAACACGCAACUUCGACCGCGAGCGUCUCGGUCGUAUUCGACGGCAAUCACGAAGAGUUGCCUGAAGUGAACGAGGAGACGACUGAAGCAAAUUAUGAGUCUACGGCAACACCAGAAACGAAUCACGAAUCACCGGAGCAUGUGCAUGAGAUCCAAGAAUCGAAUCAAGAAUUCCCAGAGAAAAGUGAGGAAGAGAAAUCUGAUGCAUCGCAACAGCAAUCGACACAGAUUUCCGUUACGGAAGCUUUGGAUAGUCAAAAGAAGAGGGAACCGUCCGUCGAUAGCAUCAUAGGCGAAAUUUACGGAAUCGUGAAGACGACCACCUCGCCGUUCAGCGAGGAAUCAGAUUCUACUGACAAUUCGAAGAGCGGAAUCUCGAUUGAGAAGAUGGAGAGUAUUGAAGACGAAGAGGAAGAAACAAGGUUCACUCUGCUGGGUGAGAAAGUAGCUCAAGUACCGCGGCCGAGUUUGAACAGCUACUUAAGGCGUGCCAAAGUGCCGCCUAGACCGGCUAUUCAACAGCUGGCGAAUCUUUAUGACGCUCUGAGCAAGGAUGCGCGGAAGCAGGGAUUCGCACGUUUCGCCGGCUAUUCAGAUGACGUCCUGACGACUUUGCAAUCGUCUGCCGAGGGAGGCGUGGGACCGCAGCUGAAGCGGCUGUUAGACAAGGUGGUAGUGCAAAAUGAGCUCACCAGAGACGACGCAAAGAAGAAAGCGUUACAGGCGCUGCGAGAUCUCGACGAUCCUGCCAGUGCGCUCAGCAAGGAUAUCAGACGCUUAUUACCUUUACGUUAUACGCCCUGAUUUUUUUAGAGAAAUUGCGAUGCUCUUGUAAUUUGUAGAAUGAAGAUACACAAAUACUCUUGCAAUAUAACUUAUUUUUU